CAUCUGCUUGACUCUCUAUUCUUCUGUUUCCACAAUGCAAUCCAAACUCCUCCAUCUCCACCCUCCUUGUUUUCCUUUCUCCCUUUCUCAACCUCCCCACCACUCCUCCUUUCUCCACCUCCCCCAUCUCAAACACCAUUCUUUUCCUCAUCUCAAACACUCCUCUCCUAAAUCUCCUUCUUUGUCAUCUUCAUCAUCAUCAUCUUCAUCUUGGUCUUUGUUUUCAUCUAUAUCAAAUAACACAAACUUGGACUCUAACACAAACUCUAACCUCUCCCCCACUUCUUCUUCUAACAAAACAUUCACUUCAUGGGACUUUGCCACUCUUUGGAUAAGCAUGAUCAUUGGCAUUCCUUCCUACUACCUUGCCGGAAGUCUUGUCGAUCUCGGCAUGUCUUGGUGGCAAGGAAUUGCCACCAUCUUUUUGGCAAACUUUCUCCUCCUUGUCCCUCUCCUCCUCACCUCCGUCCCCGGCACUAAACAUGGAAUUCCCUUCCCCAUCCUUGCCCGUUCCUCUUUCGGCAUCUCCGGCGCUCACAUUCCUACUCUUCUCCGUGCUCUCAUUGGUUGCGGAUGGUUCGGUAUCGAAACUUGGAUCGGAGGAGAAGCCAUUUAUUUACUCCUCCCUUCCCAACUCAAGAAUUCUAUUCCUUUUGCAUUUGUGCCUUUGCUUGGUUUAGACAUAUAUCUGCUACAAUUUAUAUGCUACUCCAUUUUCUGCCUAGCGCAGAUUUGCAUUAUAUGGAGGGGAAUAGAAGGAAUUAGCAAACUAGAGAAAUACUCAGCUCCGGUGCUCGUUGCGCUUACCUUUGCACUCCUUCAUUGGUCAUACCAAAAUGCCGGUGGCUUCUCUCGCAUGCUCUCGCUCUCUUCUCGCCUGAAUAGGUCAGAGUUUUGGUCUCUCUUCUUCCCGGCCAUCACUGCAAACAUCGGAUUUUGGGCUACGGUAGCACUUAACAUUCCUGACUUCACUCGCUUUGCUCGAAGCCAAAAGGACCAAAUCAUCGGCCAAAUCGGCCUACCUAUCUUUAUGAGCUUGUUCACCUUUGUCGGCCUAGCGGUAACUUCCUCCACCGAAGUAAUCUUUGGUAGAGUGAUAUCCGAUCCGAUACGCCUUCUUGGGAUGAUCGGCGGACAAUGGACAACAAUUCUUGCGAUCUUUGGCAUUAGUCUUGCUACCAUCACCACUAACAUCGCCGCCAAUGUCGUCGCCCCGGCAAAUGCACUUACUAACUUAUGCCCUGAGUGGUUCACUUUCCGAAGAGGAGCUCUUGUCACUGCUCUUCUUGGCUUUGCCUUCCAACCAUGGAAGCUCUUGAGAUCAAGCGAAAGCUUUGUGUACACUUGGUUACUUGGUUAUUCUGCUUUAAUGGGGCCUAUGGCAGGGAUCAUUCUCACUGAUUACUAUCUUGUGAAGCACAUGGAAUUGAAUGUUGAUGCAUUGUACUCUAGAAGUCCUCAAGGGGCUUAUUUCUAUCAAAAUGGAUUCAAUGUGGUAGCAAUUAUAUCUUUGGUUGUCAGCAUUCUACCGAUAAUCCCCGGCUUUCUUCACAAGCUCGGGAUUUUGCUGAACACUAUGAAGCUCUUUGUCGUUCUUUACAACAAUGCUUGGUUUGUAGGCUUCUUCCUAUCUAGUCUCAUCUAUUGGGUCCUCUCCGGGAGAAAGAAGAUGAAUAUAUAAGCCUGAGUCUCUCAUCCUAUUAGCUCCAUAUCAUCAUAAUUGGUUUUGCAUCUUUUUUUGGUGAAUUACAAAUUGACACUUUGUAACAUUUGAAUUGAGAAUUUGAAGUAUUUGGUUGAAUAAACUUGUUCUUCUUUUC